ACUGAGGCCGCUACAUUGCGCUUUAUCGCCCGGCACACUACGAUCCCAGUCCCCAAAGUCCGCCGUGUUUUCUGCUCGAACGGCCGCAGGUACAUCCUGAUGGACUUCGUGCGCAACUGUGUGCAGAUGGACGUUGCGUGGCGUCGAUGGCCAGCUGAUACGAGACGUCGUGCAGUGGAGCAACUCAAAGGCUAUAUGGGCCAGUUGCGCGCCCUCCCUCCACCAGCUGAGGGGAUUGUCGCAUCGGUCACGGGAGGACCGCUGUUGGACAACGGCCGCAUGGGAGAGACGUUUGGACCAUUCAGCUCCCAUGACGACUUCCACCGAUUCCUUCGCGCAGAAUUCUCUCUUGAGGACUUCAGCAUGUUCCAGGUGAAGAUGGACGACAUCAUGGUGGUUCACCGUAGACGAUACCUGACGAAAUUCACCCACGGCGAUUUUGCGCCUCGAAAUAUCCUCGUAACAGAAGACGGCACGGUGGUGGCUAUCGUGGAUUGGGAGACGGCUGGGUGGUAUCCAGAAUAUUGGGAGUUCACGAAAGCUCGU